GUAAAACAAAACACCCAGUUACUCCAGGCAAGGUAGAAGAUCUCCAGACCCUGUGCAUUGUGACGGCAGGGAGAUGGAACUUGGGCAGCGGCCGGAGCAGGGACCGUGCCCGGGGAGAGGGCAGCAGCCGGGGGAGAGCGCGGGCCCGGGGAGAGGGCAGCAGCCGGGGGAGAGCGCGGGCCCGGGGCGAGAGGAUCAGCCGGGGAGAGGGCAGCAGCCGGGGGAGAGCGCGGGCCCGGGGAGAGGGCAGCAGCCGGGGGAGAGAGCGGGCCCGGGGAGCGGGCAGCAGCCGGGGGAGAGCGCGGGCCCGGGGCGACAGGAUCAGCCGGGGGAGAGAGCGGGCGGGCCCGGGGCGACAGGAUCAGCCGGGGGAGAGAGCGGGCCCGAGGCGAGAGGAUCAGCCGGGGGAGAGAGCGGGCCCGAGGCGAGAGGAUCAGCCGGGGGAGAGAGCACUCGAGGAGCGAGUGUCGGAGCCGGACAGACUCUCCCGGAAUCUCUUCAUUUGCUCUUUCGGUUGUGGAGCGACCUUCUCUAAGAACUGGCGGCUACUCGCUCACCUGUGCAGGCACACGGGACAGAAACCAUUUUCUUGUGAAUAUGAGGGAUGUGGUAAAAGUUUCUCCAGGAAAGGUCAUCUUACACGACACCUUCUGACUCAUGAAAGCGAAAAAACAUUCAGAUGUACAGAUGAAAGAUGCAAUAAGACUUUCACUACAAAGGACAAUUUGAAAAAGCACAUUUCAAGAAAGCAUGACAAUAUAGAAAAACUUUACUUGUGUGAUUUUGAAGGAUGCGGUAGAUCAUUUAAGAAGCAUCAGCAACUCAAAGUGCAUCAGUAUGAACAUACAAAUGUACCACCAUUUAAGUGCAAUUAUGAGGGCUGUGACAAACGUUUCUGUCUACCAAGCAAACUGAAACGUCAUGAAAAGAUUCAUGCAGGUUAUUUAUGCAAAGUGGAAUUCUGCUCAUUUAUUGGAAAAACCUGGACAGAGUUACUUAGUCACACACGGAAGCAUCACCGAGACUUUGUUUGUAACCAAUGCAAUAAGAAAUUCAAACGCAAGGCCUUUUUACAAGCGCACCUUAAGACUCACGCUCAAGUGAGGGAAGUCUUCAGAUGUCCCAGGAAAGACUGUGAGAGAACUUACACAACGUCAUUUAAUUUACAUGGCCAUAUUCUAUCAUUUCAUGAGCGACAACGAAAUUUUGUUUGUGGAUACCCUGGCUGUGGGAAAGACUUUUCUAUGAAACAAAGUUUGGAACGUCACUCUGUUGUCCAUGAUCCUAAAAGACAGAAAUUAAAGGGAAAACGACCUCGUCCUAAGCGUGGUCUUGCAUCUCGUCUUGCUGGAUAUAUCCCUUCCAAGAACCAGUCAGCUGCUGUCUCAUGUACUUUAACUGAAAUGCUUGAGAAGGCUAAAAUGUCUGUAUUAGAAGAAAAAGAUAAGCUAACUCAACCAGUGGGAGCCAAUUAAUGCUAUUUAAGGUAUUAAUAAGGCUAAAAUGUGGACUCUGAACUAAUGCUUCAAUCCAGACUCUCCAAAAUAUAUAGAUUUUCUAAUGUUGCACAC